AUGGCACCAGGUUUCAAUACGUUACGCGAAGACGACGACGGCUACGAUUCCGCAGACGACCUUGAUUUCUCAGAUUUACGAGAGCAAUACGAUGUCCGACUUGAACAAGGCUUAGACAGCUUUGUCGUGGUUGAUGGCCUCCCACUUGUUGAGAGCGGUAACAAGGCCAAAUUACAAAAGUUUUUGACCGGUAAAUUGAACGCCUCUGGAUUCAAAAUCAAAGAUGAAGGCUUCUACAUGCCCAUGGGAGAGAAUGGCAAAUCAGAAGGCUUUGCCUUCGUUGAAUACCAAACGCCCCAACAAGCGCAGAAAGCAUGCAAAGUGGUACAUGGCACUCCAAUCGAUAAGAAGCACACAUUCGGCGUCAAUAAGAUAACGGACAUUGAAAGAUAUGGAAGAGAAGGUAGAAUCGAUGAUGAAUAUCAGCCGCCAGAGAUCGAUGACUUUCAAGAGAAGGAGCACCUGAGAUGGUGGCUGGGCGAUCCCAACUGUCGUGACCAGUUCGCAUUAUAUCGAGGAGAUGGCGUGGCAAUCAUGUGGAACAAGAAAAAAGACAAUCCAGAGAAUAUCAUAGACAGGCAACAUUGGACCGAGAGGUUUGUGCAAUGGUCUCCGCUCGGAACUUAUCUUGCUACAAUCCACGCUCGUGGGAUGCAACUAUGGGGAGGGCCGUCAUGGUCGCGACAAACAAGAUUUCCACACAUCAAUGUUGAUCUCGUCGACUUCUCACCGAAUGAAAAAUAUGUAUGCACCUGGUCGUUCCGACCCAUCGAGGUUGCGGAGGACGACCCAGUGCUAUCUCAAGAUGACGAUGGAAAGAACUACAUCAUAUGGGAUCUCACGACUGGGCGCCCGAUACGGUCCUUUGCCAUGUAUGACCUCGUUACCGCACCAAUAGGCCCAGAAGGCCAGCCAAUCAAAAAGCAGGUCCCAUGGCCUGCUUUCAAAUGGUCAGCAGACGACAAGUAUGUUGCGCGCAUGAAAGAGGGAGAAGGCAUUCAUAUCUACGAGCUUCCGUCGAUGAAGGCUUUGGACAAGAAAAUAAUUCCCAUUGAAGGAGUUAUGGACUUCGAGUGGUCGCCCGCAACGCCCCAACGUGCGGAUGUCAAGACGUAUGAGCAACUCUUCUGCUUCUGGACCCCCGAAAUUGGCAGCAAUCCUGCCAAAGUCGGACUCAUGAGCAUUCCUUCCAAACAAAUCGUAAGAACCCGCAACCUCUUCAACGUCACAGAUGCAAAACUACACUGGCAAUCACAAGCUGCCUAUGUUUGCGUCAAAGUAGAUCGACAUUCGAAGUCCCGCAAGUCGCUGGCCACAAACCUUGAGAUCUUCCGUGUGCGCGAAAAGGGCGUGCCUGUCGAGGUCGUAGACGCUCUUAAAGACACCGUCAUAAAUUUCGCUUGGGAGCCAAAAGGCGAUCGAUUCGUUCUCAUCACAACAGCAGAAGUCGUCAUGACCACGGCCGUGCCCCCAAAAACUUCAGUCUCAUUCUUCUGCCCUGAGAAGAUCAAAGGGGCUGGUGUAGGUAAUUUCAAGCACAUCCGUACGAUUGAGAAGAAGAACAACAAUGCCAUCUUCUGGUCGCCGAAGGGUCGAUUUUGCGUGGUUGGGACCGUGCUCUCGCAGCAAAGCUUCGAUCUUGACUUCUGGGAUUUCGACUAUGAGGGAGAUACGCAUGAGGGCAACAAGGAUCUCACGGCAAACUUGCAGCUCGUGAACACAGCAGACCACUACGGUGUAACGGAGGUAGAGUGGGAUCCAACAGGUCGCUAUGUCACCACAGGUGCUAGCGUGUGGAAGCAUACGAUGGAAAACGGCUAUCACCUCUACGACUUUAAAGAAAUUCAAACAACUCCUCUGGCGUCCCCGGCCCCCACAUUGCUCUCCCGCGACGAGCAAAAGACCAUCCGCAAGAAUCUGCGCGAGUAUUCCAAGGAUUUUGAGGAACAGGAUCGUAUCGAGGAGGAUAAGGAGAAGGGUGCCAUUGUGGAAGAAAGGAGGAGGAUACUGAGUGAAUGGAUUGCGUGGAAGGAGCGCGAGAGGGCCGAUCUGCGGGAGGAGAGAGAGGAUUUGGGACUGGAUGCUGAAGUAAAGAUUCCGGGCAUAGAGGAGGAGGAAGAAAAGGAGGGGGAGAAGGUUGUGGAGGAGAUCAUCGAGGAAGUGCUGGAUGAGGUCGAGGAGAUUAUGUGA